GAAUUAUGGGAUGCAAAAUUGUUGUACCAAAACGGAUAGCAUUACGGUCAGAGCAGUUAUUGCAUUGACUAUCAAAAUUGUAUGCCAAGAAAAAGAAAUCCUAGACUAGGUGUGUCUAGCAGUUACACAUAGUUGGCCAUGGCACAGCCAGAGUUUGGUCCCAAUGAUAUUGUUAUCCACCUUGUUAAUCCUUACAAAUGUGGAGACUGUGGCUCUGAGUUUUGUUUACGUUCUUUAUUCUUAGAUCAUCUGAGCGAGCACAUAGAGAAGCUGAAAGCUGAGUCACCAUGUAGUCAAAUCAUUUGUGCUACCAGCUUGGUGGAGCAGCAACCCAAUGGCAUCACAGUCACGAGGGAUAUUUUACAGAUCAAUGAGCAUCAGGUGUUUGAACUACAGGACCCAUCCCUUGAUUACACACAGCUGACCCCUUUAAAAACUCUAGAACAAGCUGGCAUAUUAAACCUGCCUCCACCACGAGCAGUGGCCAGGCCAGUGUACUCCAAGCUUAUGCCAAAAGAAAACCCUCUCAUACUGACCAUUGGGGAGGAGCCAGUUAGACCAGAGGGUAAACAGAUUUCACUGCUGCGGAAUCGCUCAAUUCUUCCACCUAAGCUUGAAGCUGAAACUACAAGUUAUGUCCAGGUGGUGAGUGCACCUCUGGAGGAAAAUAAAUACGAAGAGUGCUUGCAGCAGGUGAUUACAACGGACAACAUCGCUGACCUGGACAGCGUUGUCCAGCAGGCUUUGUUUGCCGAUGGUAAAAUUAAAGAGGAAUACAACAUUACCAUUGAAGCUCCUGCAGAUUUCUCCUCCAUAUUCUCCAACAGAGUCCCAGAUGAAGAUGGGAAAAAGACAGUCUCACAAUCAGAUAAAAAAAGUGUCUCAUGUCCGAUCUGUUUGAAUGUGUUUGCCAGUGCUAGUGUGUUGGAGAGGCACCAGGUGGUUCACACAGGUGCUAAACCUUACCCUUGUUUGAAGUGCUUUAAGCAAUUCAAUGAUGUCAGCUCUAUGAGGAAACACAUGUUAAUUCAUAAGCGCCAGCAUCGGUGUCCUAUAUGUCACCGGAUGUACCUACAGAGGUCUCAGCUCUCUCUGCAUAUGAAGCACCACAACAAAAAAAGGUUUAUUCAGUUUGGGAACAAUUUCCAUGAGGUCCGCGUGGAGGUGAGUAGGAAUGAUGAAGGUCAGCAAGUGCAAGAGUAUAGUCUGCUGAUUCUCCUGUCAGAGGAGGAGUUGAAGAACAUGUCAGAGAAACAGAAUGAUGUAUUAACAGAGGAAGGGAAAAAAGAAACAGAAAUUCUAAUUGUUGAAGCAGGGGAAGCAACUGGUGUUGAAGGUGAGACUGGUGUGAAAUCAAAUUUAGACACAGACCUGCAAGAGGUUGCAGAACACAGGAAAAAGAUUAUAUAUAAAUGUGGGCAUUGUAAGAAAUUAAUUUUCACCCGCCCCACGCUGUCGAGACAUCUGAUAAAACACACAAACACUCGGCCGUUCCAGUGUGAGAAGUGUCUCAAGACUUUCAGAGACAAGGCAGAUCUGUUCCACCACCACAAGACCCACACCAAACCCAUACAGUGCUCCAUGUGCAGCUCCUCCUUCUCUAAGCUCCUCUAUCUCCAGAACCACUUGCUCAAAGGCUGCCCCAUGUCUAUCAAUGACGGCAGGUUCACUGUGCUGGAUGCUCUCAAAUGCCAGUGUAACAUCUGCAAUAAAAUCUUAAAGAACAAAGCUAACGUCCUGCGUCAUUUGAGAGUCCACGCCUUCCAGGACAAGCAGAAGCAGUCGCUCAGUGGAGGGGAUAUAACGCAGUCAACUGAGGGUCAGGAUAAAAUCAUAGCCGACAGCCUGUCUCAGAAUAUUGAGGAGCACUACAAGGGGCUCGAGAACUCUGUAGGCUACGAGUGUCUGAUAUGUGGGCAGGAGUUCAGGUUUAAAAGUUUCAUGAUCACGCACGUGCGCAUGCAUCUAGACCAGAGGCCGUUCAAAUGUGAGCACUGCUCUAAAACAUUUUACGCCCAGCACAUGCUGAAGAAGCACGUCCAGAACCACACACGUCCAUACAAGUGUCCAGUUUGUGAGAAAGGGUUCAUCAGACGGUACCUGAUGAAGCAUCACUUCAAGAAGAGACACGAGCUGGAGGACGGGGAGGACCAGAUGAAGGACAUUACAGAGCUCCCUAACCAGAAAAUUAUCCAGUGUGAUAUCUGUGGGAAAACAAUGAAAUCCUUCCAGAAAAGUCUCAUGCAGUUUCAUAUCAGGCAGCAUAAAGAUGUUCGACCGUUUCCAUGUCGGGUGUGUCACAAGUCUUUCACCAACGAGCAUGCGCUCAAGAAACACUCCAUGAACCACACCAAGCCGUAUGUAUGCCAGGUGUGUCAUAAAGGUUUCUCUAGGAGGUAUCUACUCACUGAUCACUUCAAUAAAAAGUGUUCCAGGAAAAAAUCAAAGAAUAGUUCAAUUCUCAAAGUGGUUGAACCUGUGAACAAUGAACUAGUCAAUGACGGCCAAGAGAAGGGAGACAGUGCUGUGGAGACAAAAGAAUCUGACGGUCAUUAUGAUCCUCCUAUACUCACAGAGUACAACGAGGCUACUGGUGCAACGACGUACACUUGCGAGCCUUGUGAUAAAAAGUUCACUGUCUACGACGUCCUGCUGAGGCAUGUGAACACAUUUGCUCGUAGUACGCCAUGCAAGUACUGCAAUGUUGUGUUUGAAGACAAGCACCUGACCAUCAAACAUCAGAGAUCUUGUCUGGGAAUUCCAAUUGACAGUUCCCAGAAGCUGGCUGCUACUUUAAAAAACUCACAGGCCGUAGGCGAGCAGCAAGAAAAAGUUAAAAAAAUCAUGAAAGAAAUUUCUGAUAAAAUUGAACUGUUGAGCUCCCAGCCUGGGGAUGUGUCCGAGGAUAAAUCUGAGCUCCCUAGUGUGGACUUGGACGCCAGUGUACUUGGUGAUAGCGAGAAAACCAGCUCCUCCAACCCCAGCCUCACCAGGACCUUGCUGGUCCUGAAAGAGGACAAGGGAAAGUACCAGUGCCCAGAGUGUGAGAGGACUUUCUCCACUCUCCGCGGCAUGAAGAUCCAUGCCAGCUCUCACGUCAGGCUGUACAAGUGUGAGGUCUGCAACAAAGAUUUCACUCACAUCUCCAGCCUGCGUGCGCACACGCCCAGCCAUAAAACCAAAUGUGAGAACCCCUCAGAGUCCUCGCAGUGUUCAACUGAGUUGGAUAAAACAAGCGAGGAGUUUCUAGAGGAAGAGGCCGAGGCGAGUGAGGAGAACAAGACUCCUGUGAGGAAGAGGAGGAAGACGGAGGCAGACAGCGAGGAUGAGACUAAGAUGUCCAUCAAAGACCUGGAGGACGUCAGCCAGCGCCUCAUGCUGACCGGGACAAGAGGUCGACCUUACAGUUGUAAAAUGUGCCGGCGCAGGUUUACAGAACAAAAAGGGUUGGAAGGUCAUAUGGUUCAGAUACAUGGGGUUAAACCCUGAUUAAAAGUGGUUCAAAUUCAUGGGGUUAAACCCUGAUGAAAAGUGGUUCAAAUUCAUGGGGUUAAACCCUGGUUAAAAGUCCUAUGGUUCAAGUUCAUGGGGUUAAACCCUGAUUAAAAGUUAUAUGGUUCAAAUUCAUGAGUUAAACCAUGGCUAUAAGAGACUAACUUAUCACUGCAAUACUCAGUGCUUAUACGAACUUCAAAGAAAAAAAAAAUUUCUUUUUUCCAUAUCUAAGCAUCAGUGGCCCAGAAUAUAAAGUUUAUAAUGUUGAUAUAUUAUUUUUUACAUUGUUGCAUGUAUUAAAGCAAAUUGUUUUAUCAAAACUAAAAUUACUGAAAUUGUUGUAAUAAAUGUA